AUGGACAGAUACUUUUAUAACGGAGCUGAGCAUUUGCGCUUCGACAGCGACCUGGGCGAGUUCCAGGCGAUGAAGGAGCGGGGGCGACCGAUUUUCAAGUCCUUGAAGUCAAGGAAGGACCUCCUGGAGAAGCAGCGCUCCGCGGUGAACAUAUACUGCAAGCAUAACUACCAGGGUACAGCGAUCUUGAUCAAGCUGCAAAUAGUUAAGCCCCUGGUGACCGUGUUUCCUGCAAAAACUCAGACUCUGAACCACCACAACCUCCUGGUCUGCUCUGUGAAUGGUUUCUAUCCAGGUCAUAUUGAAGUCAGGUGGUUCAGGAAUGGCCAAGAACAGGAGGCCGGAGUGAUCGCCACAGGACUCAUCCCUAAUGGAGACUGGACCUUCCAGACCCUGGUGAUGCUUGAAACAGUUCCUGAGAGUGGAGACAUCUAUGUCUAA